AUGACCAACAAGCGUUUGAGGCACACGCACAGCCAUUCAUCCGAUAGCGUGGAUGGCAACACGGCCGACAACGCCGACGUAUCCCACAAUGCCGAUAACUCUUUCCAGCAUUUGACUCACUCUCCUCAACCAAUUAGCGGAUCAAUUGGCGCACCUCCACAACCUCCACCUCCCCCACGUUAUAAUCACAGUGCUGCACCUGAAGUUAUCAAUGGAACCUCCUUUAUUCCAUCGCAAACACAGAUUUCACCUCACUCAGCUCAUUCUCCUCUCUCUCCUCACUCUCCCAUCCUAAUUACUCCGAAUAUGAACUACCAACGAGAAAGCUUUUGGGAUAUCUUGAUUACGGAUAGGUGCACCACUCACAACCUCAAAGACAGAGCCAAGGCCACAAAACUCAUUUCCAGCGACUUGUGGUUCACAUUUUCACGCUGUGAUUUCAUAACCACUCUCUUUAAUAUGCACAAGUUCUUCGAUAACCUGAGCUGCUCAAGUAAACGAUACAACGCCGAGCCUUCCCUCAUUCAAGCUCUUCUCGCUAUCAGCCAUACCUUACAAGGUCAAUUCCAACUGGCUUACCUCAUGGCUGACCGUGCACACUCCUCACUUCGCACUGCAAUGAUGACUGGCAGGUUCACCGUAGGCAUAGCUCAAAGUGCAAUCGUACUCCAAUAUUACGAAUCAUUCCCACUCGGAACUUUCAACAUUAAGAGGGUCGCUGCACCCCUAUAUGCCGCAGACGCUGUCAUAAAGAACCUUGCUCUCACCUGCUUGGACGCAGAUAAAGUUUCUCAUGUGUUCGAUGAUGACGCUAUACCAAUUAGUACCUCAGACCCUCAAUUUUCGGGUCAAGAUCUAAAUUUAGCUCCAAGCAAGUCACAUCAUCACCCUUCUUGUCCCUGUGAGUCAUGGUCCAUACCCGCUCACAUGACACGCAAAGAGGAAUCUGUCCGCUUCAGGCACAUACCCAAGUUCUCCAUCGAUGAUACUCAAGUUCCUGACUCAGAUAUUCAACAAGAGGAAAUCAGGAGGGUGGUCUGGGGUACUGCCAACAAUGGUUGGUAUUUACAGAUGCUCGAUCCACAUGCAGUUUCUACAUUGCAUACAUCCCAAGCGUCCAACUAUGGUGUAUUUUAUACUGCCGAAUCUUUCAUUCUCUCAAUACCUGACGAUGGAAUGAAGAGUUGGUCGAGGUACACGUUGUGGGCCUUUUUGGAUAGAUUAAAACUGUUAUGCCAUGCAGCUACAAGAUUAUCACGUAGCCUUCCUCCAUUCGAGUUGCACAUGCGAGCUAGCAAGAUAUGCAGUGAGGUUGAAAAGAUUGAAAGUGAUUUAAAUGCACUACACAGUUGUCAUAGAGGUGUUCACGGUUGGCAUGUCAGCAAUGUUGCAUUCAUUACUCGACUGAUUCUCACUGCUAAAACUCGUCAGUUCACUAAUGCUAAUGUUACCAAUUUGCAGAAAAAUGCUUCUGUUCCAUCUGCUUAUUACACGCGCCAACGUGCUCGUGAAUGGUUGGAUGCACAUUCGUUGAUUUGGGAUAAUGUCAUCAAUAAGCAUUCAAUUAAGAGACAGCCAAUGAUCUUCGUUGCUUUGGUUUGCCAAGCUCUCCGCUGUCUAGAUUUGUUAGCCCUCGACUCAGCUUUCACAAGGGCAAUAUAUGUUGCAAGAAGUUUGCUCAAAGGGAUUGAUGAGAUGAUAUCAAUUUACCCCAUCAAAGAGUCGGCAGACAUUAAUAGAAUAUUGCUCAAAGUUCACAUGAAUUGUGAUGAAUUGGAGACCCGCACUAACGUAGCGCCAUACCAUACUGCAGAUAACCACGCUGCGGAGCUCUUACUAGAAAAUCUCAAGAAGAUUAAGAGUGAACCGUAG